GUCGCGAUGUGGAUGCUGACGGUCACGUUGAGAUGUCAGGCGACCAACACGGAAACGGACGGAGUUUCCGAGGACUCGGUUAUCGAUGACGCUACCGACGAUUAUUUAGCGGGCAGCGGAUCAGGACUCGAUGAGGACGAUAACUCUCAUAACGAAACCAGAGAAGCAUUAACUCACGAGGCCAGCGACCACGAUGCUGUCGUGUACGUCGGCGAAGGCGCCGCUUACGUGCCAGUUCCGUCGUUAAAAAAUCGACCUCUGAACCCAAAUCUACAAGCUCUUCAGACUCUUCAGGGCUUGCAAGGCCUCACCACAGGCAGUGGCACAGGUGUGGCCGGUGACGAGGAUUGGAGGAGACAUCCGGAAAGCUGGGACCGCGAGCAUCGAAGAUACAGGCCCAACACAACGAGAGUACAACAUAUCGAAGCGGAGUGCCAAGACGACUACAUGAAAAUCAGAAUUGGAUUCAACGGAUCUUUCACCGGUCUCUUGUACUCAGCAGGCUACUCGUACGACUCCGAUUGCAUGUACGUUAACGGGACGGGCCGCGACUACUACGAGUUCUACAUUCAGCUCAAUCGAUGCGGCACCCUCGGCGAGAACACUCAUCAUCAGGACAGCAGGAAGAACCCGACGAAAAAUCUCAUGUGGAACACGGUCACGGUGCAGUACAAUCCGCUGAUAGAGGAGGAAUUCGACGAGCACUUCAAGGUGACUUGUGAGUACGGCUACGACUUUUGGAAGACGGUGACGUUUCCCUUUCUCGACGUCGAGGUCGCCACGGGAAAUCCCGUAGUCUUCACCCUGCAGCCGCCGGAGUGCUACAUGGAAAUCAGAUACGGUUACGGGACCACUGGAACUAGAGUCGCUGGACCAGUUCGCGUCGGCGAUCCUCUGACUCUCAUUAUCUACAUGCGCAGCAAAUACGACGGUUUUGACAUUGUCGUGAACGACUGCUACGCGCACAAUGGCGGCAAUAAGAGAAUUCAACUGAUCGAUCAAUACGGGUGCCCGGUCGAUGAGAAACUGAUCAGCCGGUUUCGAGGUUCCUGGUCGGAAAGCGGUCUGUUCGAGACGCAAGUCUUCGCCUACAUGAAGACCUUCAGGUUCACCGGCUCGCCGGCCCUGUACAUCGAGUGUGAUGUUCGCAUGUGCCACGGAAGAUGUCCGAGCCAACCUUGUCACUGGAGAAACGCGAAGAACGUGGUAAAACGAUCGGUGCCGGAAGUGAUCGGUGGACCGUCGACGCCGGCAACCAGUUUGUCGGAGAACGUGAAUCUCUUCCAGUCGCUUCGCGUUCUUCAGGAAGGCGAGGCGGACACGGAACUGUUCCAGAAUUCCACCAACGCCUUUCGCAGCGGUCUUAGCGAAUCUACGACUGACAGAGUGUGCUUGAAAUCUUCCGUGGCCAGCACGAUAGUGGGACUCGGCUGUGCAUUCCUCUGCAUCAUGGCCGGCACGAUACUAGCUAUGUGCUCGCGAAUGCGACGACAAGCGCGAGACAAAUUAUUGUCGGAUAGCAUAAGUUACAUGACGCAUAAAGGCCGAAUUAACUAGAAGCUGCGCUAGCGCGCGGAAGCCUGUUUCUCUUCAUUUCCUCGUUUCUCUCGAGUUGAUCACGAUGCCCCUCGCAUCUUUCGCGAGUAAGGAAACGAGGAUGUUCCGCCGAUAAGAAAUAACAUGUACUGUGUCGUUAAGGUAGAAAACGGUUCAGGUAAAAAUGAACUGAAGCUAUUGGCUGAAGCUACAUUAGAUUACGACAGUGUUAAAACGCGAUAAUGAAUUUAUUUAACAUACAAAGAUGUUUUUUCGGGUUUGAACCGCGUUAGUGUCAUUUUUAUACCGACAUUU